UGCAUUUACUCUUGGAUUGGAAGCAUGCAGCGUACCACACACAUACCCAAAUCCUCUCCUUCUUCCAACAUCAAAUAAAAAAAUCUGAACUUUCUGAAAUGGGGUGGUUUGCAUUGCCAUCUUUUGUGCUGACACUCUUGUUACUCAUCAUUCAUACUCCAUCUUACACAUCCUCAUCAUCAGUGUUGCCAUUGUGUAACCAUGAUGACAGCUCAAACUUGUUCCAAUUCAAGAACUCAUUUGCCGUCAACACUUCAUUCUUCGAACACUUGUGGUGGCGGUGGCAGGCGGAGUUUUAUUGUUCAUCUUAUCCCAAGACAGCAUCCUGGAACAACAAUACUGACUGUUGCGAGUGGGAUGGUGUCACGUGCGACACCACGUCAGGGCACGUGAUUGGCCUCGACCUCAGUUGCAGCAUGCUUAAAGGUGAACUCAAUUCCAACAGCACACUCUUCCAUCUCACUCAUCUUCAACAACUCAACCUCGCUUACAAUGAUCUCUCUGCCUCUCCACUCUCCUCUAGAAUCGGUGACCUUGCGGCUCUCACUCAUCUCAAUCUCUCAAACUCAGCAUUGGGUGGUGAUAUUCCCUUCACAAUUUCUCACUUGUCUAAAUUAUUCUCACUUGAUCUCUCACGUACAGAAACGCUAGAUGAAAUGGGAUAUAGCAAAUUGAGAAUUGAUCCAUCCACAUGGAACAAACUCAUUCUAAACACCACUAACUUGAAAGAGCUAGUUCUAGAUGAGGUAAACAUGUCUUCCAUCGGAGAAAGUUCACUGUCUUUGUUGAUGAAUUUGUCAUCUUCUUUGGUUUCAUUGAGUCUUCGACACACUAAGUUGCAUGGGAAUUUUCCAAUCGGCAUACUUGGUUUACCUAAUCUCCAAGAACUAACUUUGUCAGAUAAUCAAGACCUCAAAGUUGAACUUCCAAAGUCUAACUGGAGCACUCCUCUAAGGAUCUUGUAUCUCACUGACACAGUAUUCUCAGGAGAAAUACCUGAUUCCAUUGGCCAUUUGAAGUCUCUUAACCAACUAUCUCUGGGGAGUUGCCAAUUUGAUGGAUUGGUACCUCUUUCUUUGUGGAACCUCACUCAACUAACUGUGUUAGGCCUUGCAGAAAACACACUUCAUGGUGAAAUCCCAUCUUUGCUUUCAAACCUCAAACAUCUCACCGUCUUAGAUCUUAGUGCUAAUAAUUUCAAUGGUCAUAUCCCAGAUGUGUUCCACAACCUCACCAAAUUAGAAUCUUUGUCACUUGAUUCUAACAGUCUAGGAGGUCAGCUGCCGCCAUCAUUGUUUUAUCUAACCCAACUUUCUGAUUUAAGUUUAUCAGCUAAUAAUUUAGAAGGCCCAAUUCCAAGCAAUAUCACUGAACUCUCAAUAUUAAAAUUUCUUUAUUUGGACCAUAAUUUAUUAAAUGGGACAAUCCCAGAUUGGUGUUUUUCUUUGUCUUCAUUGACAUAUAUGGAUCUUAGUAACAACAAGUUCGUAGGACCAAUCGGUAAAUUCUCGACUUAUUCUAUGGAAACGUUGUCUCUCUCUGAUAACAAACUCCAAGGUAGUUUUCCAAAUUCAAUAUUUGAACUUGAAAAUCUAACAGAGUUAUAUUUAUCAUCAACUGAGUUGAGCGGUCAUGUAGACUUUCACCAAUUUUCAAAGCUCAAAUCUUUAGAAACUCUUGAUAUAUCUUACAAUAAUUUUCUCUCUAUUAAUUUUGAUAACAAUAAUGUUGACUAUUUCUCACCUAGCCUGGCCUAUGUAGAUCUUUCUCAUAACAAAAUUGACGGGGUGAUUCCCAAAUGGUUUAGUCGUAAUCUCUUGCACAAAUGGAAGAACAUUUACUAUAUAGAUCUUAGUUUCAAUCGGCUGCAAGGAGAACUUCCAAUUCCACCAAAUGGCCUUCAAAUAUUUUCAGUCUCAAACAACAACUUCACUGGUACCGUUUCUUCAGCAUUUUGCAAUGCAAGCUCCCUCAGUGCACUCAUCUUGUCUCACAAUCAUUUGUCUGGCUUGAUUCCUCAGUGUCUGGGAGCAUUUCUUUCUCUCAGUAUUUUGGAUCUACAAGUGAACAACUUUCAUGGAAGCAUACCAACAAAUUUUUCUCAAGGCAACCAAUUUCAAACUAUAAAAUUGAACCACAACCAACUAGAGGGUUCAAUACCAAAGUCUUUAGCUAACUGCACAUCGUUGGAAGUUUUGGAUCUUGCAGAGAAUAACAUAGAGGAUGUGUUUCCCAGUUGGCUAGAAACGCUUCAGGAGUUAAAGGUACUCAGUUUACGAGCAAAUAAGUUUCAUGGUACCAUCACUAGUUUGAGUGCCGAACAUCCAUUUCCAAAGUUGAGAAUAUUUGAUGUUUCCAACAACAAAUUUAGUGGCCCUUUGCCAACCUCAUUCUUUCAGAAUUUUCAAGGAAUGAAGGAUUUGAAUGAUAGUACUCAUCAUCCUCCUGGUUUGUCAUACAUGACUGUCAGCUCGAGAACAACAUACAAUGAUUCAGUAGUGGUCAUUAUCAAAGGUCACUCCAUGGAGCUAGUUAGAAUAUUAACCACUUUCACAACUAUAGACUUGUCAAAUAACAUGUUUGAAGGAGGAAUCCCACAUGUCAUUGGAGAAUUAAGUUCUCUCAAAGGACUUAACCUUUCUUACAAUAAAAUCAGUGGUAUGAUUCCAGAAACUCUGGGAAAUUUAACAAGUUUGGAAUGGUUAGACCUCUCGUGCAACCAAUUGAAAGGUGAGAUUCCUAUGGCUUUGACAAAUUUGAAUUUCCUAUCUGUCUUGAACCUUUCUAAAAAUCAAUUGGAGGGAAUGAUACCAACAGGAGAACAAUUCAAUACAUUCCAAAAUGAUUCCUACAAAGAUAAUCCAAUGCUUUGUGGAUUCCCUUUGUCAAAGUCAUGCGGCAAUGAUGAAGAACAACCACCUUCAGUGUUUGCUGAAGCAAAAGAAUCAUUAUUUGGGUGGAAGUCAGUAGCAGUGGGAUAUGGAUGCGGAGUGGUAUUUGGGAUGUUCCUUGGAAGGUUGUUUAUGAAGACUGCUAAACCCCUGUGGCUUGCCAGACUUCUUUGUGGAUAUAAUUAACAAAACAAGCGCAGGAGAGGCCAUGCAGAUAAGAGACUGUGUUAGCUUCAUGUGUUUUCCUUUUAUUUUUUUUAAUUAUUUUUCUGUAAUGAUGUGAGUUACUCUGUUUUUUUGAAUAAAAUAUACUAUUUCUAUUAAUGAAUAGAUUAUAGAUGA